AUCUUCUUCUAUGUAUCUUCCUCCUCCUCACCUACCCUAGGGUUUCUCUUUCAAAGUUCAAACCCUCUUUCUCAUUUCUCCCUCUGUCCACUUACGUCGUUGCCUUUGCUUCUCUCGUGCUUCCUUCAUUAUUAUUAUUAAUCUACUAUUAAGCUUAAAAAAUGGCUUCAUCCUCCGCCCAAAUUCACGUUCUCGGCGGAAUUGGAUUCGCCACUUCUUCUUCCAAGAGGAAUCUCAAUGGUAAAGGUAGCUUCAUGCCAAGAAGCGCCUUCUUCGGCACAAGAACGGGCCCUUUCUCCACUCCUACUUCUGCCUUCCUCAAAAUGAAUAGCAGAAAUGGCUCAAGGUACGCAGUUGGUCCCGUGCGCGUGGUUAACGAGAAGGUCGUUGGAAUCGAUUUGGGUACGACUAACUCCGCCGUAGCUGCCAUGGAAGGAGGCAAGCCUACGAUUGUGACGAACGCUGAGGGUCAGAGGACGACGCCGUCUGUGGUGGCGUACACGAAGAGCGGUGACCGGCUUGUCGGGCAGAUUGCGAAGCGGCAAGCCGUUGUUAAUCCUGAGAACACUUUCUUCUCGGUAAAGAGGUUUAUUGGUAGGAGGAUGAACGAGGUAGAUGAGGAGGCUAAGCAGGUUUCAUACCGAGUUGUUAGGGAUGAGAACGGAAAUGUCAAGCUGGAGUGUCCUGCCAUUGGCAAACAAUUUGCUGCUGAGGAAAUCUCAGCUCAGGUUCUGAGGAAACUCGUGGAUGAUGCUUCAAGAUUUUUGAACGAAAAAGUAACCAAGGCUGUCGUCACUGUACCUGCUUACUUCAACGACUCACAGAGGACAGCUACGAAAGAUGCUGGUCGCAUUGCUGGGCUGGAAGUUCUUCGUAUUAUUAAUGAGCCCACUGCUGCUUCAUUGGCUUAUGGAUUUGAGAGAAAAAGCAACGAAACAAUUCUAGUCUUUGAUCUUGGUGGUGGUACCUUUGAUGUCUCAGUGCUUGAGGUUGGUGAUGGUGUGUUUGAAGUGCUUUCCACCUCUGGAGACACCCAUUUGGGUGGAGAUGACUUUGACAAGAGAGUUGUUGAUUGGCUUGCUUCAAAUUUCAAGAAAGAUGAAGGCAUUGAUCUUCUGAAAGAUAAGCAAGCACUUCAGAGAUUGACAGAGGCAGCGGAAAAAGCUAAAAUUGAGCUUUCCUCCCUGACUCAGACAAAUAUGAGCUUACCAUUUAUCACGGCCACAGCUGAUGGACCUAAACACAUAGAAACCACCCUGACACGUGCCAAGUUCGAAGAAUUGUGUUCAGAUUUACUUGACAGGUGUAAGACUCCCGUUGAGAAUUCCCUGAGAGAUGCAAAGCUCAGUUUCAAAGAUAUUGAUGAAGUAAUCCUUGUUGGUGGAUCCACACGUAUUCCUGCUGUUCAGGAAGUCGUCAGGAAGCUGACUGGGAAAGAACCCAAUGUGACAGUAAAUCCUGAUGAGGUUGUUGCCCUAGGUGCUGCAGUCCAGGCUGGUGUUCUGGCUGGAGAUGUGAGUGACAUUGUGCUUCUCGAUGUGACACCACUUUCGAUUGGUUUGGAAACUCUUGGUGGUGUGAUGACUAAGAUUAUUCCAAGGAACUCUACACUGCCUACUUCCAAGUCAGAAGUCUUCUCGACUGCUGCUGAUGGACAGACAAGUGUUGAGAUUAAUGUGCUGCAGGGUGAGAGGGAGUUUGUCCGGGAUAACAAGUCUCUUGGCAGCUUCCGUUUAGAUGGUAUCCCUCCGGCACCACGUGGAGUUCCACAAAUCGAAGUCAAAUUUGACAUCGAUGCCAAUGGAAUCCUAUCCGUGAGUGCGAGUGACAAAGGCACCGGAAAGAAACAAGACAUCACCAUUACUGGUGCCAGUACAUUGCCCAAGGAUGAGGUAGAGCAAAUGGUGCAAGAAGCAGAAAGGUUUGCAAAGGAUGACAAGGAGAAGAGAGACGCAAUUGACACAAAGAACCAAGCAGAUUCGGUGGUGUACCAGACAGAGAAGCAACUUAAAGAACUUGGAGAUAAAAUCCCAGGUGAAGUGAAAGAGAAGGUGGAGGCUAAGCUACAGGAGCUGAAAGACAAGAUUGGAAGCGGAUCAACCCAGGAAAUCAAAGAUACAAUGGCUGCUCUAAACCAAGAAGUGAUGCAGAUUGGCCAGUCUAUGUACAACCAGCCAGGAGCUGGAGCAGGAGCUGCAGGUCCAGGUCCUUCCCCUGGAGGUGAAGGUGCUUCAUCAACAGAUUCAUCGUCAAGCAAAGGUGGUGAUGAUGUGAUCGAUGCCGACUUUACAGACAGCAAAUGAGAGAACGAACUAGGACGGCUUGAAUUGAAUACGUACAUCUUAUGCGCAGUGAGCGUGUCAAAAACUCAUGAUUUUUGUAGGACGAAUAAUAUGUUUGAGUUUGAGACACACAUGAAUUGUUAAGAUCAUUGAUUUGCCGUUUUGAAUGAAGCAGUGUUACAGAGGAUAUUAUCAAAAUACAUAAUAAAAUGUUCAUUCUAGUG